AUCAUCUCAGCUUCAAUAUAAUUGAUUAAUCCAAGACUAAUCAGCUACAUUACGAUAUUAUAUGUAUGAACGCUAAGAAGGUUAUUAUAAUCAACUAGAAAAGACCCAAUGCGACGGCAUAGAAUUCCUAUAUGUUGCUCGAGAUGAACGGCGUCGCAUCUGAACCGCUGUCUUUAGAUGCAGCUGACUAUGACCCGAUUCAGCAUCUAAACCUCCUAUUUUCCCAUCCUUCGACCGUAUCCUCCAUAAGUCGUGUAUCCUCGACCCUCCAAUCCCAACAUAAUGACUUGUCAACCGAAAUAUCGAGCCUCCAAACGGCCCAGGCAUAUGGGCCCGAUUCUUCCCUCGAACGAAUGCAAUCUGCCCAAGCCGAGCUAGCAGGACUCUUUAAGAAGAUCGAGACGGUGCGCUCACGCGCUAUUCAGACCGAACAGAAUAUUACCUCCAUGACCGCCGAUAUCAAACGCUUGGAUGGCACGAAGCGGAACCUGACACUGUCUAUGACCGCCCUCAAGCGGUUACAGAUGUUGACUACGGCAUACGAACAACUAAGGGGCUUGGCUAAGACAAGACAAUAUAGGGAGUGUGCGAGUUUACUGCAAGCGGUAUUACAGCUUAUGCGCCAUUUCAAUAGCUAUAGGAGUAUCGACCAAAUCGCUACGUUAAGCCGAGGUGUUGGCGAACUGCAAAGAGAGCUAUUGGAACAAGUAUGCGAGGACUUCGAAAUAGCCUUCGCUAAAGGAGAGGUUGGGGCCAGGAAAGCGACGCUGGUCGAGGCUUGUGGGGUCAUGGAUGCCCUUGGUGAUAAUGCACGAGCGAGAUUGGUGACGUGGUACGUGAACACCGAGUUAAGAGAAUACCGCCAGGUCUUCAGGGGCAAUGAUGAGGCUGGUAGCUUGGACAAUAUUGGAAGACGAUAUGCGUGGUUCAAGAGAAUGAUGAAGGGGUAUGAAGAGGAGCACUCCGGCAUGUUCCCACCACAUUGGAGGGUCGGCGAAACGUUGGCUAUGGCUUUCUGCGAUGGGACAAGAGACGAUUAUAAGGGAAUCUUGGAAAAGAGCAUGAGAAGAAUGGAUGGGGCCAAAAUCGACGUCAAUUUGCUACUAAGUUGUCUUCAGGAGACGAUGGAUUUCGAACAAACACUCGAACGAAGAUUUGCUAGCGAGCCGAGGGCUAGUAUCGAUACACUAAGCUCCGCAGACGAGAGGACGCAAAGCUUCAACGGGUCGAUAUCCGUCGCAUUCGAACCAUACCUAAGCUUAUGGGUCGAAUCCCAGGAUAAGGCUUUAGCGGCUAUGAUCCCUAAAUACAAAAACCAACCCUUAUUACCAGCCGACGAAGAAUUCUCUCCCCAAGCCGUCAUUAGCUCCGCUAUCGAACUGUUUCACUUCUACAAGCUCACUCUGUCGCAAUGCGCUAAGCUGUCUACGAGCGAUCGAUUAUUAGACCUAGCGAAGACCCUGGCUAAAUACCUCGACGAAUAUGCGCAACAAGUAUUACUUGCAAUUUUGCAGAGACCUGGGCAAGCAGGCGCAUCUUUAGAGGAUAUUGUCCUUGUCCUGAAUACGGCGGAUUUCUGGCACGCCAAUACGGGUCAGCUCGAAGAGAACAUCAAAAAGCGCAUCGACCAUGAUCUCGUAUCCAAGGUAGAUUUGUCGUCUCAAGCGGACGCAUUCUUGGGCGUUGCUAGCGCUGCAGUUAUAGCGCUGGUCAAUAAAGUUGAGGCGGAUUGCGAGGGUGCCUGGCGCGAGAUGAAGAAUACAAAUUGGAGUAAGAUGGAGAGUGUUGGGGACCAGAGUUCUUAUGUUGGUGAACUGGUCAGCCAUAUCAACUCUAAGUCGGAGGAGGUCUUGGCAGUUGUCGUCAAACAACAAUAUGCGCGCGCAUUUGCUGAUAAAUUGGUGGAACACUUUGCAACUUCAUAUAUCCACACCAUUGUGCAGUGUCGACCUAUUUCUGAAGUAGGCGCAGAACAGAUGCUACUGGAUAAGUACGUCCUGACUAAAGCCUUGGAGAACCUACUCUCACAUCACAACACAUCCUCAUCUACCCCCUCACAACCACCCCCAGCAAGUUUCGUCAAGCGCGUCAACGCAACAAUGACCCGUAUCGAUCCUCUCCUCAAAACCCUCCAAGUACGCCCGAGCCCACCCGAGGGUCUGGUACAAGCAUACCUAAUCCACGUGGGCGACCGCUCCGACACCAACUUCCGCAAGAUCCUCGAGCUGAAGGGCAUCCGAAAGCAAGAUCAAGGGCAUCUAAUAGAACUCUUCACGAUCCACCGCGACGGUCCAGGAAAUGGCACUAAACUCGCCGCUCAAAGCCCACUCCUAACACCACUAAUGAACGCCUCCGGUCUAGGCGGCGUAGGCGUAGGCGCCGGCGCAAACAACCUGAAUAAUCUAAUGAGUGUAGACCGUCUAGCCUCCGGCCCCGGCGCCGCGCUCCAAGGCGCAGCUUCACGCUUCGACGCCGCGUCUCUCGGCGAGAAACUCCUAAACGCGGCAAGAGAUGGUGUGGAGAGAAUUGGCACGCCGGCCGAGCAGCAGUUCCAGGGGCAGGGAUCGGGACAGGGUGGAGCGGCGCAGGGGAAUAACGCUAGUAUUAAUGAGAAUUUGAAGAAUUUUGGAAAGUUCUUUAGACGCGAUAUUGGGGGGUUGGGGGUUAGGUUUGGGAAGAGGGAUGGGAGUGUUGAUGAGCAUAGUGGGCGAUGAGUAAGAGUUGUUGUUGGGGGUGGGGAGAGUAAAGUGAUAGUGAGUGUGUGAUAGUGUGAUGUAUUUUGGCGAGAUACCUAUAAUGCUUGAUGCUAUUGAAUCAAUUAUACGAAGUGCGCUCAGCUGGGGUCGUACAUAUUUCGGUUCGAG